CUUAAUAAUAUAGUGAACACCAUGUUCAUACUAAAUGUUGAAAAGCUUCAAAUUUUGAUUUCCAAAUAAACUUGGGUGAAUCGAUCAUUAUUUUCCACUUUACUAUCGAUAUACAUAAGCUACAAAACAUUUUUCUCACAUAACUGUAAAAUAUCAAUAUAAAUUAAUACAUAUUUUGUCUGUAUGAAUGUGUAUCAAUAAAUAAAUCAACAUAAUAUUAUAAUAAAAUGCGAAUCGAAUGGUAUUUUGUGGUAGAUAUUUUUAAAUAGGUACCAAGGUAUAUUUCAAUUAUACAUUUAACAGACUGCGAAAACAUUUAGAUACUUCCUUAUGGAAAUACACGUUUAACAGUGGGGCGUUGUCCAUUUUUAAUGCAAGGUUAAAAUUAGUAGAUUUCAUACCAAGCUGGUAAGUUUAACAAGUCAUAUUUCGAAGCCAGUAUGUGAUGUGCACCUGUAACGUGCACGUUCAUUGCGUGUCUUUGGAUAGUAUACAAUUAUUUAAGAGGCACAUUACAGUUUUCUGAAUAAUACCUAUUUUAUUAAAUAUAAAAGUCCCGUCCGUUACUAGACUGUUCAUUAUCGUGUGUAAUAAAUACUUUAGUUACACGAUGAAAACUCAGUUUCAUCACGUAAUUAUGGUCGCCGUCCUCGUCGUUUUUGUCGUUACUUUGGCGAACGCGAAAAAUGUACCGCAGAAUCCUGGAGCAAAUAAUCAGUCGAGUCUGGUCAAACCAAGUACGAGAAUGUCGUCUAAUAAAACAAAUUUUCCCGUAUCUCAUAUUGAGACCCUAGAAAAGUCCACGACCAUCACCACCUCAAAGCCCACUUUGGUUUCGUCUGCGGCGAGUACUACUACGGUUAUGUCUACGACCAUAAACACAGCCGCGACGACAACUAUAAAGGUAUCCGGUCCGGUCAACAACACCACCUCGACGACGUCUAUCAAGGGAAUGGCCGGGACACAGGCGGUGAUGAUCGCCAAUGUAGGAAAGGCAAACGAAAACCGGACGGACGGAGAUGUAUAUUUGGAUAUUAAAAAUCUCAUAAAUCCUCCACAAUUACAGGACUCUCCUAUUAAGAAUCAGUGUCCGGCGGGAUACACUGUAAUGCCUAAUGGCGAUUGUAAACCAAAGUUUGUAGACAACUAAGAUUGACGCGGUCACGCCGCCAACGAGUUUCGGGCUUAGAAUAAUAUACAGGAUGAUUCGCCAAGCAUGUGUACCACCUUUUUUACUUCAAUAAUGCACUUUUUCAAAAUCUGAUUUUUAGAAUUUAGAAUUUUUAAAUGUUGUCAGGGCCCAUAUUUUAAAAUUAUUGAGACUUUUUGUAUUUUUGAAGAAGUGUGGUCUGAUGUGGAGGUAUAAAAAUUUCUGUUUUUCAAAUUAUAACUUCCCUUUUCUAAUGUAAAUAAUUUUGCAAAACAUUUUUCUAAACAUUUUGAUAUACUUCAUUUGAAUGAGUAGUUUUUGAGAUAUUUAACUUUGUAUGCUAGGAUAAUAGGUACAUAAUUAGGUAAUGGGUUUAUGAGGUAUUGGGGCCAUGGUUAUUCAACAUUAACUACUUUUAGACAUGGACCAAGUACAAUAAACAUUAAAUCCAAUCUUAUAAAUAUUUUAUAUUUUUGUAAAACAAUUUUUUAGAACUAUUAUCUUUAGCAUAAACAUUUUAAUAACAAUAUAAUAUAAGUUCAACUCAUUCAAAUUUUUAAAUUAAGAACAUCAAAUUUUUCAAAAAUUAUUCCUACUAAAUAAUUUUAAGUAAAAAAGAAGGAUUUUCAAUUGAAAAACAGACUGCAGGACACUCUUUAAGCAGUAAAAACUUAUUCAAGAAUUUUAAAAGCUUUAAGUAUAUUUAAAAUUCCAAAAAUCAGAAUUUGAAUAAAUUUAUUAUUAAAGGAGUAGUGUGAUAUUCAUAAUUGAUGUUAAAAAGCUACAAACUAUAAUUUCCAAACAAACUUGGGUGGAUAUAGAUGGCCAUCAUUGUUUUCUGUCCCACUAUUGAUUUACAAAAGCAGUCACACUUUGAUUAGUCUUGAUGCUCAAAAUGUAUUUUUGAAAUUCAUUUAUAAAUAUUAAGCUGUGUAUUUUUAAAUAUAGUUAGUCAAAUAUAAGUUGAAUUGUGUAAAAUAUACAUAUUAUUUAAAAUAAUACAAAAUAUAUUUUUUAACUUUUAUUUUAGUUUUGAAAAAUUUUUUACCAAGAAAAUCUCAUUGUAGUAUAUUUGUACAUUUACAAGUAAAUAAAUGUAUUGUGUGUGAGUGUAUUGAGAAAAUUUUAUUUUAAAUAAUAAAUACUAUUACAUUUUUA